CCCACAGGAAAUAAAUCUAUUCUUUCACAGCCUCCCACCGACACGCAGGAGAUACACAGACAGCCCUCAUUUCCCACGCUGUUCAUAUUUCAUCUCCGUCUAGGAGGCCAUCUCUUCUCUCCUGGAAUGAAAAUGGCAAAACCCGUCAAAGGGAAGUUCCUUUUCCUCCUCCUCCUGAUUGUAUGUGCCAUUCUUUCCUACUUAUACAAGAUUUCGCCCAACAUUAAUCAGAAGACUGUAGCUUCAGGGCUUUGUCCAUCAUCCGUCUCUAAGCAAAGCAUCACCCCUCUGAAAAACACAAAGCACUUAUUGGUCUCAGCCUACAUGGAUCAGAGGGUGCCCGGCUUUGAUGUACGGAUCAUUGGGAUGUUUCGGAGAGACUCUAUACAGAGCCUGCACUGCUGUUUCUGCUGCUCUGGGGCCCUGGUUGAAACUACUCCUGCAAAUGUUUUACAACACCCAGACAACUUUGGGUUUCCAUUUGUUACCACGGAUGUCAUGUGCCGGAUCCCUCAAAACUGCAAUUCCACACAUGUCACUCUUCUGACUCAGCCCAGACCUGAGAAUGCAUCCAUUUACGCUUGGCUUCCUGUAAGAAACAGGAAAACCAAGAGAGAGGAUCAAAUGAUGGACUUCACUGUCUGCAUCUCCAAUCUGUUUGGGGACUACAACAACGUGCUCCAGUUUGCACAGACCCUAGAGAUGUACAGGCUGAUUGGAGUGAAUCGAGUGGUGAUCUAUAACACCAGCUGUGGUCCAGAACUUGACCGCCUUCUGCAUCAUUACGUGCAGGAGGGCUUUUUAGAAGUAGUUCCCUGGCCAAUCGACAAGCACAUGAACCCGUCCCGAGGCUGGCUCUUUUCAGAACACGGUGGUGAUAUUCACUACUUUGGCCAGCUCACCACGCUCAAUGAGUGUAUUUACAGAUCCAUGGAGCGCUCCCGCUACGUCCUGCUAAAUGAUAUAGAUGAGAUCAUCAUGCCGUAUCAGGAGGAUAGCCUGAAGCCUCUUAUGGAGAGGCUGCAAACUCAGCAUAAGGAUGUGGGAGUGUUCCUCAUUGAAAACCACAUCUUUCCUAAAAAGCACUUUGAACCGAGCGGGAAGUUUCACCUUGCUCGGUGGAACGGGGUGCCAGGAAUUAAUAUUCUGGAGCACGUUUACAGAGAAACCCCCGACCGAACGAUUUACCAUCCGUACAAGAUGAUCGUUCGGCCAAGGAUGGUGGAGCAGACAUCGGUGCAUUCGGUGCUCAGGUUUUUUGGACAGCAGUACAGCGUUCCACCAGACGUUUGCCGGAUCGUUCACGUCCGUGUAGCCCUGAGAAAAUCCCUGAAACUUGAGGAGCUCAAUGUGGACAAACGGUUGUGGGACUUUGAGGAAAAACUCAUUCCAAAGGUGGACCAGGUGCUGAAGAAGUUGGGGUGGCUGUCUGGUAAAGAAAAAUGAGAGUUUCUUGUUGUGGUGGGAAGGGAAAACCUGUCAACUAUGACUUUGCUUUUCAGGUUAAAGCUGUGACUGUAUCCCCUUAGCAGGUGCAUGUUUGGUGCAUGUUUGGAAAACCUUUGCUGAUUGAAAGUCAAUGUGCAUGAGUUAGUUUUAUAAAAGAGGAUAUAUUUUGGUUCGUUCUAAAGUUUUGCACAUAAACAUGUUAUUUAUCAACUCAUGCCCAUUUAAUAGAGAUCACCGAUGGGUGCUUCUUCCACAUACAGAAUUUGUAUUAGCUUAAAAUUUUCUUUUUUUUUAAGUAUCUUGGUCAGUAAUUAUUUUUCAGGGUUACUUGUUUUAUCAGCUGAUUUAAGAAUGUAAGGGUUAUAGAAUUAAAUUUCUCUCUCACCUGAAAACAUUGUCUUCCAGAAAUGUUUUUUCAGGCUUUUUUUUUUUUUUAUUCACUUCCUCAGGAGAUGUUUUUACUGUGGAUUGUUGUGUACAUUUUGCUGCUUUGCUGAACUUUGAAUGUAAAUGGAGGCUAAUUGUAGACUUCUUUGCUCUUGUUACUUCCAAGUAUCAAGAGACAGAACAGUCAGGUUUGUAAAUGCUGCUGUUUACUGUAAACCGUCUGAGUCGGGGCUGUUUUUUCUUAGCAUUUGCAUAAGAUUUGUUGGUUACACUCAGGAAAUAAUUGCCUCCACAGUUUGUGUUUGGGACAACUGGUUUUCUUUCUAGAUUUUUUUUGAGUAUGUUACAUAAAUUGUUUUGGAGAAAAAUCACAGAAAUGGUUUGUAGGGAAUUAAAGUUUUAGAUUCAAAAGGAAAUCAUCCUUCUUAAAAAAUACCAGUUAAAUGACUUCAUACUUGGUUUGUUGUUUUAUCCCCUCAUGCACAUGUCUACUCUUUGCCUUUGUUUGAUGGGUAUUUGUUAAAUGUUAUAAACCAGUCUACAGUUUUAAGGUCUUUGCCACUAUUGUUCUCAGAGAUCUUGACUACAAGUGGAUUACCUUAAUCUGUCCUCCUGGGUCUCAGCCUGUUAUAUGGUUUCUAUUCUGGAAACUUUUCGUGUUUACUUGGUAAGGGAAUGAUAUGGAGAAAAUGUAAAGAUUUGUAGUAAAAUUUGAAUU